UGAAGACACGGAGGAGGAUGAAGAGGACAGUGAUGUAGAACACCAUCUGUCUGAGCUGAAACACCUGUCAGACUCUGGAUAUAAGAAAUGUUCUACAGAGAAGAAAAACGUGGAGUCGUAUAGAAAAGGCCGCACAGGAGUGAAACUUAGCUGCAAAGACUGUGGCAAAAUAUUUAUUAAAAAAUCCUCUUUAAACGCACACAUGAGAAUCCAUACAGGAGAGAAGCCUUUCUGUUGUGAUCUAUGUGGAAAAAGAUUUGGCCAAAAAGGACAUUUAAAAACACACAUUAGAAUCCAUACAGGAGAGAAACCUUUCUGUUGUGACCUAUGUGAGCAAAGAUUUAGCGAAAAAGGAACUUUAAACAAACACAUGAGAAUCCAUACAGGACAGAAGCCCUUCUUUUGUGAUCUAUGUGGACAAAGAUUUAGCCACCAAAUUCAUUUAAACAGACACAUGAGAAUCCAUAUAGGAGAGAAGCCUUUCUGUUGUGAUCUAUGUGGACAAAGAUUUAGACAAAAAAGAAAUUUAAAAACACACAUGAGAAUCCAUACAGGACAGCAGCCUUUCUGGUGUGAUCUAUGUGGACAAAGAUUUAGUCGUAAAGGAAACUUAAAAACACACAUGAGAAUCCAUACAGGACAGAAGCCUUUCUUUUGUGAUCUAUGUGAGCAAAGAUUUAGACGAAAAUCACAUUUAAACAAACACAUGAGACUCCAUACAGGACAGAAGCCUUUCUGUUGUGACCUAUGUGGGCAAAAAUUUAGUCAAAAAGGAAAUUUAAACACACACAUGAGAAUCCAUACAGGACAGAAGCCUUUCUCUUGUGAUCUAUGUGAGCAAAGAUUUAGCCACAAAUUUCAUUUAAACAGACAC